GCGCCGUGAGGGAAGCACCGGGACCGCCGGGUCCCGAUCUCGGUUCCGGUCCCGGUUCUCCUCUCCCCAUCCCGGUUCCCCCGUCCCGGCCGCGCCAUGGAUUGUUACACGGCCAACUGGAACCCGCUGGGCGAGGAGACCUUCUACCGGAAGCUGGAGCUCUACUCCAUGGAAUGGGGGCUGCGGGAGGACCUGCGUGACUGCGUGGUGGCAGCUGCCCCCUAUGGGGGUCCCAUAGCUCUGCUGAGGAAUUCCCGGCGGGACAAGACCCCUGGCGCCCGCCCGCUCCUGGAGAUCUACACGUCCUCGGGGCUGCUCCUGGCCAGUGUCCCGUGGAAGAGCGGGCGGCUGGUGCAGCUGGGCUGGACGGCAGGAGAGGACCUGCUGUGCAUCCAGGAGGACGGGACGGUGCUGGUGUACAGCCUGCUGGGCGAGUUCCGACGGCACUUCAGCAUGGGAAACGAGGUGCUCCAGAACCACGUGCUGGAGGCUCAGGUGUUCCACACGGAGUUCGGGACGGGCGUGGCCAUCCUGACCGGGGCCCUGCGCUUCUCCCUGGCCACCAACAUCGAGGACCUCAAACUGCGCCGCCUGCCCGAGGUCCCUGGGCUGCAGAAGCCCCCGUCCUGCUGGUCCGUGCUGUCCCAGGACAGGGUGACCGUGGUGCUGCUGGCCCUGGGACAGGAGCUCUUCCUGCUGGACAGCACCUCCUGCUCCGUGCUGGCUCCCCCCGGGCUGAGCCCCUCGGCGGGGCCGUUCCUGCACAUGGCCGUGUCCUUCACCCACCGGCACCUCGCGCUCUUCUCCGACUCCGGCACCGUCUGGAUGGGACCAGCCUCGCUCAAGGAGAAAUUCUCUGACUUCAACACCGGCAUCCGCUCCCCUCCCAAGCAGAUGGUUUGGUGCACACGGCCCCGGAGCCGGCACCGUGCCGUGGUGCUGGCCUGGGAGCGGCAGCUGAUGGUGGUGGGAAAUUCCUCGGAGAGCAUCCGAUACAAGCAGCUCACCAUCGAGGUGCUGCUGGACAGGCUGGUCCUGCGCCGCCUGUACCCGCUGGCCAUCCGCAUCUGUGACUUCCUGCGGCUCCCGGCCAUGCAGGGCGUCAGCCGCAUCCUGGCACACUGGGCCUGCUACAAGGUGCAGCAGAAGGACAAGUCGGACGAGGAGGUGGCCCAGGCCAUCAACCUCAAGCUGGGGGACGCGGCCGGGAUCUCCUACUCGGACAUCGCCACACGCGCCCACGACUGCGGCCGCGCAGAGCUGGCCAUCAAGCUGCUGGAGUACGAGCCCCGCUCCGGGGAGCAGGUGCCGCUGCUGCUGAAAAUGAAACGCAGCAAACUGGCCCUGGGCAAAGCCAUCGAGAGCGGGGACACCGACCUGGUUUACACCGUGGUGCUGCACCUCAAGAACGAGCUCAACCGCGGCACUUUCUUCAUGACCCUGCAGAACCAGCCCGUGGCCCUCAGCCUGUACCGCCAGUUCUGCCGGCACCAGGAGCGGGAGACGCUGAAGGAUUUGUACAACCAGGACGACAACCACCAGGAGCUGGGCAACUUCCACGUGCACUCCGCCUACUGCGAGAGGCGGAUCGAGGGCCGCGUGGCCGCUCUGCAGAACGCCCUGGACGAGUUCUACAAGGCCAAGAACGACUUCGCUGCCAAGGCCACCGAGGAGCAGAUCAAGCUGCUGCGGCUGCAGCGGCACCUGCAGGAGGAGCUGGACAAGCCGUACCUGGAGCUGUCCCUGCACGACACCGUGUCCACCCUCAUCCUGGACGGGCACCACAAGCGCGCCGAGCAGCUCUGCCGCGACUUCAGGAUCCCGGACAAGAGGUACUGGUGGCUGAAGAUCAACGCCCUGGCCACACGCGGGGACUGGGAGGAGGUGGAGAAGUUCUCCAAGAGCAAGAAGUCGCCCAUCGGGUACCUGCCCUUCGUGGAGGUGGCGGUGAAGCACCACAACCGCUACGAGGCCAGGAAAUACGCGCCCCGCGUGCCCCCCGAGCAGCGCGUCAAGGCCUUCGUCCUCGUGGGGGACCUGGAGCAGGCGGCCGAGGCGGCCAUCGAGCGCAGGAACGAGGCCGAGAUGAGCCUGGUGCUGGCGCGGUGCUCGGCCGCAACCGACGGCGCCGUGGCCGAGAAACUCAACCGGGCACGGGCACAGCUCCUCAAAAAGUGACCCCAAAUCUCUGGGGACACCCCCGGGACACACCUGGGGACACCUGUGGGACAUCUCUGGGACAUCUCUGGGACAUCUCUGGGACAUCCCUGGGGACACCCCUGGGGACACACCUGGGACAUCUCCGGGACAUCUCUGGGACA